UCUUUUAAACUCCUAAUCGAAGAAACCUUGUGUAUAACGUUGCUAAACUCAAUUUACCGACAGAUUACGAGCAAAGAUGGAUAUCUCUCUCACCGGCGACAAGAAGAGGCGGAGCAGCAGCUCAAGAGCAAGAUCUCCGACCACAAUACUCUCUCUCCAACACGAAAUCCUUUGCACCAUCUUCUCUUUCCUCGACUUCUUCGACCUCGCAAGUUGUUCCGCCGUAUGCAAAACCUGGAGCACGGUGAUCAACAAGUCUAAGUUGCUCCGAGUGUUUUGCCGCAAGCAAUGGCAGAUGGGUCUUGCGGGUUCUAGCAAUGGGUCUAGUGAUGGUCCUGAGAAACCUUGGGAGGUUAUUUUGGAGGAGAUGGCUGUGGAGCGUCAUAAACUGGCGUUACAAGAUGGUCGAAUUCGAGUCGAUCACUUGAGGGGUCACUCUGUUGGGGUUGGACAGUGUCGAAAGAAGAUGGGGUUGCUUCUCACUGGCGGCGGUGAUAAGGUUAUGCGUCUUUGGUCAUUGGAAAGCUAUAAAUGUGUGGGAGAAUAUCCCACUCCAGACAAGGUCCAUUUGGUUGACUUUGAUUUUGAUGAAAGCAAGAUUGUAGGUUUGGUUGGCACUCGUAUAUGCAUAUGGAGGAGGAAUGCGAUGAGAAGUAUAUUUCCCUCAUGUGAGGGCACCUUUCCGAAGGGUUUAUGCAUGCGUUACUGCGAUCCUGAGGCUGUGGUUGGAUGCGAGGAUGGGACAGCUCGUGUAUUUGACAUGUAUAGUAAACAAUGUUCUCAAAUCAUUAGAACGCAUGCGGGGCCAGUAACAUGCUUAUGUUUGAGUGAUGAUCAGUUGAUACUUAGUGGUUCAUCUCUUGGUGGUAUCACAAUAUCUGGACUUUCAUCUGGCGAGCAGGUUGCGAAAUUAAGUUCAAAUGAUUCCUCAGGCAUAAAGACUUUGUGUUUCAACCCAGGCUCUCACUUAGUAUUUGCUGGAUCGGCUGCUGGAUAUGCAUUAUGUUGGGACGUUAGGACAAUGAAAUGCUUAUGGGAGACACGAGUGAGUCCAAAUAGGGUAUACACGUUGCAGCACAUGAGAAAUGAUGCAUCGACGUUGGCGGUUGGUGGAAUAGACGGUGUGCUGCGUCUUCUGAACCAGUGCACAGGUGAAGUAAUUUCAAGAUGCGUCUUGGAUGGAUAUUUAUCGUCAAGUUCUCAAAGCACGAUUGGGGCUACCCAAAGAAUGAGAGGAACAAGGCUUUCGGAAGAUACCCCCGUUGAGAGCAUUCUUAGUACCAGACGGCCUCCCAUUACGUGUUUGAUUGUCGGGAUGAGGAAGGUUAUCACCACGCAUUACGAUAAGUACAUCAGAAUCUGGAAAUUCGAGUAAGACGACCACUCUUUGUUUGCAAUGACAUGUAUGUGAUAUUCAUGAUAAUGUAUAUGUAUAAAGUUUAUUUAUGGUUCGUGUACAAACUGCAACAAAUUCUUGAUCUUGAAGUAGAAACCGGUUUUCCGUCGA